AUGUCUCUGUCUUUAGAUGAGUACCUCCGCUACGGGCGACAGCUCAUAGUGCCCGAGUUCGGUCUGCGGGGCCAGAUAUCGCUGAAGGAGUCUCGUGUGCUGGUCGUUGGAGCCGGUGGUCUUGGGUGUCCAGCUUUGCAGUAUCUAGUUGGAGCUGGUUUUGGCACGGUGGGAAUCGUGGAUCACGACACCGUCGAUAUGUCGAACCUUCACAGACAAAUUCUGCACACGACAGAAACCGUGGGGAUGCUGAAAUGUGAGUCUGCAAAACUGCAGCUGACCAAGCUCAAUCCUUUGGUGCAGAUCAACACUCAUCCGGUGGCUCUCAGCCCGGACAACAGUUUUGGAAUUUUUGAGCAAUACGAUAUCGUUUUGGACUGCACGGACACCCCUGCCACCCGGUACUUGAUCAAUGAUACCGCCGUCCUUCUUGGCCUGACUGUUAUCUCCGGAUCUGGUCUCAAAACUGAAGGCCAGUUAUCUAUUCUCAAUUUUAACAACACCGGCCCCUGCUACCGUUGUUUCUAUCCAACACCGCCACCUCCCAGCUCUGUGACUGCCUGCAGCGACGGCGGGGUUCUUGGCCCGAUCAUUGGAAUCAUGGGUGUGAUGAUGGCACUAGAAGCUAUCAAGGUGGUUAGUGGCUACUACUUGAAGGAGGAUGUGGAGUUUCAGCCCUUUUUAUCUUUGUACAGUGGUUAUGGUCCGUUGCAAAGCUUACGGACGUUCAAGAUGCGCAGACGAUCGCCCAAAUGCCGAGCGGACUUGUACAAUGGUCCAAACAGAUAG